UUCUCCCGAUCGUACUCCUCAUCAAUCACAAAACAAACUAGUGCCUUAAUUCUUCAUUGAUUAUUAUAUGAAUUAGUUCACAUGCUUCUACACUGAUCCAAAUCAUUCACCUCAAUAAUCAUCAUAUCCCAAACCAUUGAUACACCUCCUUAAAAUUAAAACAAACAAUCACUCGUAGCUCACUCUCAUGGAACAGCUCAAUAAUAUCUACUUCAUUUUGAUGGAAUCUGUGACUAUCAUAUUUUCAUGGAAGAAAAUCUUCACCCAAAUCACCAUAGCCACAAUUUUCCCCUUAUAUCUCCUAUCUCUCCUCCAUGAGCUCCUCUUCUCCAACAUACUCCACAACUCUUUCAACAACAGCCCUAAUAAGUGGUGGUUUUGCCUCUUCAACGCGGCGUAUAUCGUCCUCUUCCUCGUGCUCUCCUUGGUCUCCACGUCCGGAGUGGUGGAGGCCGUCGCGCUUGUCUACACGGCCAAGGAGCCGCGUUUCGCAGAGGUCAUGGGUGUGGUGCCUAGGGUUUGGAAAAGGGUCACGGCCACGUUUUUAUGGAGUUUAUUACUCGUUGUCACGUACAACACGGCCGCUUUCGCACCGAUAUCUCCAUGGGUUUCGUACAACCUUAUUUUCUAUAGUGUUUACGCGGCUGGGUUCGUGUAUAUCAGCAUCAUAUGGCAUUUGGCGAGCGUGGUCUCGGUGUUGGAGGAAUGCGGAGGGGUGGACGCCAUGAUCAAGGGCUUGGGGCUGGUGAAGGGCAGGAUGGUCAUUUCAGGUGUUGUUUUCUUCUUGCUCAACUUGUGUUUUGUUUGGAUUGAAGUGGUGUUUCAGAGAUAUGUUGUGGUUGGGGAGAUGGUUUGGAGGAGGAUUGGAUGUGGGAUUGUGAGUUUGUUGGUGUUGUGUGGGAUAACAUUGUUAGGGCUUGUCACUCAAACGGUUGUUUAUUUUGAUUGCAAGUUGUAUCAUGGUGAGAUUAAUAUAAUCCCAAUCGCAAACUCCAACGAUGCAAGAGUUGAUUUGGGUGAUUAUGCUCCCUUCAGAUCUAAUGAGUUGGAUAGAUGUUAAUUAGUGUAUUCGAAAUAGUUCAGCAUUUCUGCAGCGGUUACAAUUCUGAUCUCUCAUUAUUUUUAUA